AUGGCGGACAACAAGGUCUACCGCGCCAGCACGACGGCGCCCGUCAACAUCGCUGUUGUCAAGUACUGGGGCAAGCGCGACGCGAAGCUCAACCUCCCCACCAACAGCUCGCUCUCCGUCACCCUCUCCCAGGCCGACCUUCGGACCCUGACAACGGCCUCCUGCUCGGCUUCUUACCCCGCAGGCGACAGCCUCAUCCUCAACGGCGAGGCCGCGGAUGUCUCGGGCGCCCGUACGCAGGCCUGCUUCCGCGAGCUGCGCGCCCGCCGCGCUGCCCUCGAGGAGAAGAACCCCUCGCUCCCGAAGCUCUCGGCGCUGCCGCUGAAGAUCGUCACCGAGAACAACUUCCCCACGGCCGCGGGUCUCGCGUCGUCGGCCGCAGGCUUCGCCGCCCUCGUGCGCGCUAUCGCCGACCUCUACGAGCUCCCGGACUCGCCCUCGGAGCUGUCCCUCAUCGCGCGACAGGGCUCCGGCUCGGCGUGCCGCAGCCUGUUCGGCGGGUACGUCGCGUGGAGGAUGGGCGACCGGGCAGACGGCACGGACUCCAAGGCCGACCUCGUGGCCGAGGCGUCGCACUGGCCCGACAUGCGCGCGCUGAUCCUCGUCGCCAGCGCGGCCAAGAAGGGCGUGUCGUCGACGUCGGGCAUGCAGCAGACGGUGGCGACGUCGGGGCUGUUCAAGCAGCGCGUGGCCGAGGUCGUGCCGAAGCACAUGGCCGAGAUGGAGGACGCCAUCGCCCGGCGCGACUUUGAACAGUUCGCCGAGGUUACGAUGAAGGACUCUAACUCGUUCCACUCGUCGUGCUCCGACACGUACCCCCCCAUCUUCUAUAUGAACGACGUGUCGCGCGCCGCCAUCCGCGCCGUGGAGCAGAUCAACUCCGCCGCUGGCAAGACUGUGGCCGCCUACACCUUCGAUGCCGGCCCGAACGCCGUCAUCUACUACCUCGAGAAGGACACCGACGCCGUCGUCGGUGCCUUUGCGCCUAUCCUGGCCUCGGUCGGCGGGUGGAAGGAGGGCGUCGAGGGCGUCAAGUCUUCGGUCACGCUCGACGAGACCGUAGCCGGCAUCCUCAAGGGCGGUGUCAGUCGUGUCAUCCAGACUGGAGUUGGCGAGGGCCCGAUCAAGUCGGACAUCUACCUCGUUGGCGAGGACGGCCAGACCGUCCAGCGAUGA